GACUGCACUGAUAGGUGGCACUGAUAGGUGGCACUGAUUGGCAGCACUGAUGGGUGGCACUGAAAGGCAGCUCAGAUGGGCACUGAUAUGUGGCAUUGAUGUGGCACUGAUGGGCACAUGGCACUGUUCAGCACUGACAGCUGGCACUGAGGGACACUGACAGGGCACACUGAUCAUCAGUGCUCUGAUGAUCAGUGUACAUGUCCCCUCCGCGGAUUGCCGAUUACCGGCUCUCCUCUCGAGCUGUCAGUGUGACAGCUCA